AUGGGGAUCAAACCCAUUCUCUCCCACACAAGCGAUGGAAGGAAGAUCAGGGGAGACAAAUCAGGCACAGGGAAACUCAUGCCCUUCCCAUAUCAACUCCUCACCUACAAGACUACAGCCUAUCGCACUCGAUUUCAAAGAGGGAGAAAGCUGAGCGUUGGAGGGCUCAUUACACCGAUUCUUUGCGCAGCUGGUGUGAAUCAAGACAAGAAGAAGGCAACUCCAGUUGGUUGGAUGGACAUCAAGUUCUGCAAGACCAACACCCUCAUCGAUCACAAGGAGUUGAAUAGGAAAUAA